UGUAAAAAAAAAACCUAGCAAAAAUGUUGGCAGAAGAUUUCAUUUGAGGAAAGAGCAUUAGAAAGAAAAUUGGUCAAAGUCUACAAUCGAAGGCAGCAUAUGGAAUAUGGAUCAUAUACUUUUCCAAAACUGAAAAUUACGUUCACAUUAUUAACCGCCAUAGUUUCAAGCAGAAGCAAUUUAUUUAACCACCAUUGCCUUAAUCAUACCCUCCCUCAAAAUUCCCUUCUUCCCUCUCCCAAACAUCCCUUCAGCUCCAUGAUCAUGGAUAGAUCAUCUCAAAGCAGCUCCGAUUCACCGACUCGAGAGCCCAAGGUGUUAUCCAUCGAAUGUCUUAAAGGAAGCUCCAAAGGCGACGAGUGGACCGGCGACAUGCUCCAAACCGGCGAUAUCGUGGAGGAGCUCCGACUCGGAUCGACGGCGAACUCACAGAUCCGGUACCAGUGGCCGUUCAAGGGCGGGAAGAGCGGCGUGCAGAAGAUUCUGCAGGAUGCGUUCAAAAAGAAGGAGACGUCGAUCGCGGUUCGGGUGCGGCGAGGAUCGGAGGAGCUGGCGGAGCUGCAGGCUUGCAUCGUGCCCAACGAAUUCACGGCCAAGAAGAACUUGGUGCUUCGAUCCAUUUCUGACCCGAAUUACGUGGUCGGGUUCGUGGAUCGGACCGAAGCGGAAUGCUUCGAGCUUCAAGCUUCAAGGAACACAAGGAUGGUAAAUGCGCUAACCAGGACCAAGCUACAAGAUGGAUAUGUUUCAUAUUCAUGGGAGAGGAGGAUGCAGGAAAUGCUACCAGUUCCCAAUUCUAGUAACUUUCUUUCCAUAUUGUUCCUUCCCAAAGCUUCAGAUCGGGUAGCUUCUCGCUAUAAUGAUCUGGAAGACACCCUAGCCAGGGCAAAUGCGUGGCUCAAUGCAGGUCAAGCCUCAGGUGUCCCUAUUGUCUUCAUGAACAUCCAAACCGAGUCCCUACUUACUAAGAUAUCUGGAGAGACAGCUUCCUCCACUGUGAACGCAGGGUCAUUAUCUGACUUAUCUAACUUAGCAAAUGCAAGCCUUUACGGCUUUGAGGAUUACCAUGGAAUAGACAUCGGAGUUGUUCGAGCUGUUCGCCUAUGGUAUGCUCCGGUUGCAGGAGAGUUCUCUAUUGAGAUCAAACUAAAAGAGGAAGAUGCAAAGCUUGGCUUUGCCAUUAGUCGAACUGAAGAGGGAUUUAUUUUCAUCUCAUCAGUGAUUAAUCAAGAAAAUGUACCGGCCGCACGAUCAGGGCUGAGCAAUCUCUAUAAACUAGCAACGGAUACUUGUAGGAUGUUGGUAGUUUCAAGAGUGUCAAAUCAAAAAGUCCUUCCAUGGAUGGUUUCUUCAACCGGAGCCAUUCGGUGUUAUGACACUGUUUCGCUUAGCCAGAAGCUCUCCUUGCACAGACACACAAGAGUUCCAAUUCUCCUACAUGUCUUCCUUUGGGACCGGAAUUUGGUUUCUUCAAGCGGAGGAAGCUCUAGAUUUAGGGCUUUGUCUUCUUCUGUGUUGCCAUCACAUGCAUCUGAAGUUCAACUUGCACGCCUUCCAGAUGAAACUCAUGUGCUGCCAUUGCCCCCUCCACCUUCGGAACCAAGUGAUAUUACAAGUGAAAUUUCGCACUCCCGGCUUGAGAGAGACACUGCUGGGGAAUUGUCUUUUAGAUUCCACGAUUUUGCCUUGUCCAGCAACUGGGUAUGAUAUUGAUAUAAUACGUAGUUGCAUGUCAAAUUAAUGAUGGUUAUGCUAUUCUAGUUUGUUAUUGUACAUAUAAUAUACAUUGAUUUAGACUUCAGGUCUUCUAGAUUUUGUUUUGCUUCAUUAGCUUGUCCACGGAAAAGCAGAAUAAUGUAGCGUAUAGAAUUGGUUAUCAAAAUAUAGCUUACAUAUUCAAAGUUU